AUGCCGCUGCUUCUCCUGGUCCACACAGUCGCAGCUGUGGUGGCUUUGGAAGCUGGUGACGCCAUUUAUCUUUCACUAAUACCUUCGCUGGGUCAUCACUCGUUCCCUGUCUACCCACGAGACAUCGCAGGAAACACGCUGGCGUCGCGCUGUGUCGCAAACAACGACACAACAGGGCUAUUUCUUCCAUCACCACUCAGCAUGUCAUACUACGAUAGUGAUCUCAAAGCCGUGCUCGCGCAGUUUCACAGCCAACCAGACACCGACACGCGCAAGGACAUACUCAAGAAACUCAGCGACAAUCAGCUCUCGCGUGUUGUCAUCCAAGGUGUGAAGUCCGAGUUCGAAAGAGAAGGAUUAGAGGAAAUUGCGCUAGUCAUGCUGGGUGUUAUCGCAAGGGAUUCUCGCUCGAAGCUCGCGCAUGAUUCAGAUGGAGAGAUUGAAGUCGAAGUGAAGCAUGAAGAUGCCAUUGAAGAUGGCGAGAUCGUGAUCAAGAUGGAACCAGACUCAGACGACGACAACGGAGUCACCAUGCUGAGAUCCAAACGUAAGACAAUGUAA